UUUUCUUCCGCGAGGGAAGGGAAGGUUCCGGCCCAGGGAGGGUAGGGAGCAAAGCGCGCGGAGCAGCAGAGGAAGGAAAGAAGCAAGCGAGGAGCGCCCCGGCGACCGACCGAGCAUGGCGCGCAGGAGGCAGCACGCCCUGCUGCUCCUCUCCGCCGUCGUGGCCUCCCUCGUCGGCGGCUCGACCGCCGGGGUGUACCACAUCGUCGGCGCCGGCAAAGGGUGGCGGAUGCCCCCCAACAAGACGUACUACGACGACUGGGCGCGCUCCAGGCACAUCAGCAUCGGCGACAAGCUGAUGUUCCUGUACCGGAGCGGGGUGCACAACAUCGUGGAGGUGCCGACGCGGGCGCUGUUCGACGCGUGCAGCAUGCGCAACAUCACCAGCCGGUACCAGAACGGGCCGACCAUCAUCGAGCUCACCGAGCCCGGGCAGCGCUACUACUUCUGCGGCGUCGGCGAGCACUGCGAGGUCGGCCAGAAGCUCGCCAUCAAUGUCCUCCUCGUCGCGCCGCCGCUGCCCGACACGCCCAGCUCCGGUGCCGCGGCGCGGCGCGGCACGGGGCUCUUCGGCCUCGCCGCCGCCUGCCUGGUGCCCGCGUUGCUAAUGGCGGUGUGACGACAUGGAACGCCGCGGCACGGGAGCGCGCGAGGCGUGUGCCGUCGCUUGCUGCGUCCGUCUUAUAUAUGUACAUACAUGUAAUGUAUCACACAGUAUCAGUGUUGGUCUGACUAGAGAGGAACCUUGGGCUUGGCCUUGGG